AUGCUGGUGAAAAAUUUCGUCUUAGCAUUAUUCUUCUUUAAGAGCUGGUGUACGGCCGCAAAGUAUACUUUCUUCUCCAAGGAAGAGAGUGUCUAUUGGGCUUGCUUAGAUACUUUGAAUCCAUACAUUUUUACUAAUGAUCUAGGGAGUGCUUACGCUCCAAACUGCCAACCAACUAGGAAUAGGUUUUUGUCAUGGCUUAUUUGUAACUUCGACCACCAGAAGCCAGAAGAUCUUGACAAGAGUUUAGAAAAGAUAAUUGAGAAUUGUGAAACAUCAGUUCCUUUCUAUAAUCAUACUGUCCCAGAAUUACAUCAACUUUAUGAAAAAGUUCAUUCUUCUGCUAUUGACAUCGAUUCUGAUCCAUCAUUUGAUCCAACAAAGAAUCAGACUAAGCCAGUAAUUCCGCCAAGAAGAAAAGUUGAAAGGUUUACCAGAGCUUACUAUAGCAGAGCAAGGUCUGAGAGUCGCACUAGGCUAUAUGGUGGUGCCAUUUUUAUUUAUUUUGCAGGAUGUAUGUUGAUUGGCGGUAUUGUCACUUGGUCAAAGAUUUUAUGUCCACGGAUAGCCCAGAGAUUUGUUGGUCCAAAGAUCAAUGCUUUUAGAAAACUUUUUACCAUUCCAACAGUUAGCAAGAAGCACACGGAAAAUAUGAGAUGGAAAAACUUUAUCAUUGGUCUAAUGCCAACAAGGGCACAAACCUACAUUCUGUUUGGAUAUUUUGCACUGAACGUUAUUCUAAGCUGUGUCGAUUACGAUAUAUUUCCAGACAAUUUCUACACUAGUAGUAAGCAUCAGGUUGCAACGCAGACAGCAGAUCUGGUGCAAUACAGAACUGGUGUCAUAUCUACCAUUCAUACUCCAGUUGUUUUCCUUUUAUCUGGCAGAAACAACCUAUUAUUAUAUUUAACAGGAUGGCCUUAUGAAACAUUCUUGGUCUACCACAAAUGGACAGCAAGAGGGAUGUGGAUCCAUGCUUUGGUGCAUUCUGCAGCUUAUACUUGGCUUGAGAUUGAUUCUCUAGCCGUAGUGUGGAAAAUGCAAUACUGGUACUGGGGAGGCAUAGCCACAAUUGUCGGCGGUUUGAUGCUGUUCCAGGCUUCAUCAUAUUUCCGCGUCAACUGGUAUGAAAUAUUCAAGACUAUACAUUUUCUAUUCUCUGCGUUAUACAUUGCAGGAUUAUGGUAUCACUUGAGAAUAUUCAAUGGGUUAUGGAUGGAGUAUGUUUACGCCUCCAUUGGACUAUGGUGUGGCGACCACCUCUUGAGAAUUUGUAGACUUUUGUGGUUUGGGGUUGUCAAACGAGCUGAUUGUGAAUUAUUUGAAGAAGAUGGAACAAUCAAAAUGACAAUCGCAAGGCCAUCGACAUGGAAACCUUUCCCAGGUGCAUUCGUGUACAUAUAUGUCCUCAGACCAUACGGAUUCUGGCAGUCUCAUCCUUUCACUAUUCUUUUCGAUGAAAACGACGCAGACGAAAAGAAAAUCCACAUCUACAUCAAAGCGAAAAAGGGCCUCACCGCGUCACUAGCGAAAAGUUUAUCCAAAAUGGCGGACAAAAAGCAAAGCUUCUACGUGUUCGUAGAAGGGCCAUACGGAUUUGAGGCACCAUUGUCAAAAUACGAAAACCGUCUCAUCAUCACAGGUGGGAAUGGUGUUCCGACUGGGUUCUCCAACUACAGCAACCUGACUAAAAAUCUCACUGAAACCUCUAGAGAAACUGUCAAAUGGAUCUGGAUCAUCAGAGAUUGCUCCCCGCUUAAAUGGUUCAAAGAUGAUUUACUUAAGGUGCAAGACAGACUUGGUGAAAUAGACAUCUAUAUCACCAGAAUGAACGCAAACGACACUCCUUCCUCUGAUGACAUCGUGGACUUAAAACAGGAGGAUGAUCUAAGUUCCUCUGAAAAAAAGAAUGUCGCCAUCAUCAACCAGACUAGCGAGGAUAAUGCCGCCGAUACCAACUCCGGCACUUCUUUCAGCGUAUUCAAAGAACUAAACAAGAUCAAUAUUUAUUUUGGAAGACCAGACAUCCAAGCCUUGGUUAUGUCAGAAAUACAAAACAACUCUAAGGGCAGCACGGCCAUUCUCAGCUGUGGUCCUCCAAAGAUGAAUGACGAAAUAAGAGAUACUGUAGCCAACAGUUUGAACUUAUCGGACUCUAGAGUUGACUACUUUGAGGAAGCUCAAGUUUGGUCUUGA